CAAGAAAUUGCCCCCAAUAGAAAAAAUCUGUUGCCCCCUAUAACCCAGGACCGUCCCAGUCCAAGUUGUUAAAAUCUUGAGAUCGGAUUUCAGGAUCAUAGAAUCACCCAAACGGUAAACCCAUUUGAUGAUUGAUGAUGACGGCUUCAUAGAAAUUAGAGAAAUUUAGAGAAAAUCCUUCAAUUGUUAGCCUUCAUGCGUGACUCCUAUGAGUGGAGAAGUAGUCAAGCUCUGCAACAGGAUACGAAGGCGAAGACUCCUCACGUUAGCCACACAUUUGUUCUGCUAUUCAAUUUAUUUUUAAUUUUCUUUAUCAAAUUGAAUGGCCCAUGAACUUGCUUGGUUUUGUUUAGUCCUGGGUAGAGAUUUUAUUUUUAUGUAAACAUAAAUAUUAAGUCAUCUUAUUAAACUUAUUAUUAUGUUAUUAAUUCAUUAUAAGAUUAUUGAUUUACCUAAUUGUAAGACAAUAGAAAUUGCCAUUUAGUAAUUAAAAAUUCUAAAUGUAUACUACAUGUGUACCAAAUAGUUUUGCAAAUUCAAUAUUUUUCGCCAAUCAAUAUUAAGGUUAAAUUUUCCCUAUUGAUAAUUAAUUGAAUUUUAAUAAUUGAAAUUUACAUUUUCAAAAGCUACAUUAAAAUCUCUGUAUAGUUGCGAAAUUCAAAUUAAAAUUUACUUACGAAUUGAUAUCUUAAUUAAGUGAAUAAAUGAAUCUGUUUGACUCAAAAAGUCAAUUUUGCAACUCAAUUUGGGACGGAGUGAGUACUAUAAUAUUACUAUCUGUUACGAAAAACUUUGUCAUCUUAUAGAGUUUGGUACAUGCGAAUAGUUGUGACGCUGUCUGUUAAAACUUUUGCUAUUGUAAUAUCACAUAUAGUUUAUUACUUCAUCCAUUUCCUUUUACCUGUCUUACUUAAUUUCCUUUUAGGUUGUCCCAAAAUAAGUGUCAAAAAGGAAAUAUGGCUGACAUUUCACUUUGUUAUAUUCAGAUCUUAACGACAACUUUUUCUUUUUCAAUCACUUUAUUUAUAAUUAUGCUAAACCAGAACAAGUCAUAUAAAAUAGGACGGAAGAAAGUGAGGAAGCGUCCAGUCCAGCUGGUCGCCGACUUACUCUUCUUUACGGGAGGUCUCGGGUUCGAAACUCAAUAAAGUGAGUUUCAGCCCCCCAGCCCCCUUCCCCCAGCCCCGGAAAAGAAAAAAAAGAGCAGAAGAUUUUUUUUCUCUAUUGUAUCUUCUAAUUUUUCCGCCCCCAAUUAAAUUUUAUCCUGGAUCCGCCACUGUUGGUUACUUGGUUGAGACCGGCUAAAUAGGGCUGAUCCAAUUUUUUUUAAUAGUUUAAGGAUUUAAUUGAGCGUUUUUAGAGUAUGAAUGUUCAAUUACUGUUUUUGAUAUAGUAGGAGGGCUUAUUUGAUAGUUUUUCCUAUCAAUUACUCCGUACUUCAUACUCCAUUACUCAGUAUCAUAUACCCAUAGUAUUCAUUUACACUCCGUAUGAAGAAAGCGGCACAAAACUCAAAAGUCAUGAGAGUAUCGAUAAUAAUUAAUCAAUACUCAUUAUCCCCUAUAUUAUUAUUGUCAUAUUUCUUCCGAAAUUGAAAAUUAAAAACACACACACAUUUACAAUUGAUAGAGAAACCGAAUUCAGAAAUACAUAGAGAAACAACAAGUCAACAACCUGCGGGAAAGUCAGAUAAAAUCGAAGCCUGGAGAUAGGAGAUCUGGCCGUCUGAAGCACUAGAGCUGGCGUGUGUCGGUGUGUGAAUUGAAAAUCUGCCCAACGGCAGGAUACAUGAUAGAUGUCGACCAGUCGAUGACCGCUUAGCAGACCUGAAGAGCCGCAGGCUCGCGGCGGUCUGCGGAGAAACUGGAGACCGGAGGUCUUGACUCUUGUCUUGGAGGAGCUUAGCAUAUUGUUUGGGAUUUCAGGAUUACCGAGGGCAGGCUGCGGAAAAUUCUCUGGAAGACGGAGAGUGGAAUCGCAGAAGAAGAAAUUCAGGGAAACGACAGCCAGCAAUGGGUAUUUGCACUUCCAAACCCUUCAUAGAUCCCAAUGAUUCCAGCAAUGGCUCGCCAACGGAUAGUUCUAUUCCGGUCAAAGACAAUCACAAUACCAGCGAGAAUCAGAGCUGCCAGACGAAUAUAAUAAAGAAUGGGGAAGUUGAGGCCGGCAAGAAGUCACCGUUCUUCCCGUUUUACAGUCCCAGCCCGGCGCAUUACCUAUUCUCUAAGAAGUCACCCGCGAGAUCUCCGGCGAAUGGCCCUAGCUCCAACUCCACGCCGAGGAGAUUUUUCCGUCGACCGUUCCCUCCGCCGUCCCCUGCCAAGCACAUCCGAGCUGUUCUGGCGCGAAGGCAGGGUUCAGUGAAGCCGAAUGGCGCGUCAAUUCCAGAAGGGUCGGAAUCGGAGAGUCGACUGGACAAGAAUUUCGGGUUUUCUAAGCAUUUCGGAACAAAGUAUGAACUCGGAGAGGAGGUCGGCAGAGGGCAUUUUGGGUAUACUUGUAGGGCUAAGUUUAAGAAGGGUGAGCUGAAGGGUCAAGAUGUUGCAGUUAAAGUCAUUCCCAAAGCAAAGAUGACAACUGCCAUAGCUAUUGAAGAUGUUAGAAGGGAGGUGACAAUAUUGAGAGCUUUGACAGGGCAUAACAAUUUAGUACAGUUUUAUGAUGCAUACGAAGACAGCGAGAAUGUCUACAUAAUAAUGGAGCUUUGUGAAGGAGGGGAGCUCUUGGAUAGAAUAUUGGCAAGAGGUGGAAAAUACACAGAAGAUGAUGCAAAGGCCGUGUUGAUACAGAUAUUAAAUGUCGUGGCAUUUUGCCAUUUGCAAGGUGUGGUGCACAGGGACCUCAAGCCUGAGAAUUUUUUAUUCACGUCCAAGGAUGAAAAUGCAGUGCUGAAAGCCAUAGAUUUUGGAUUGUCUGAUUUUGUAAAGCCAGAUGAAAGGCUGAAUGAUAUUGUUGGGAGCGCCUAUUACGUAGCCCCUGAAGUUCUACAUAGAUCUUACAGUACGGAGGCCGAUGUUUGGAGUAUCGGGGUGAUAGCAUAUAUUCUAAUGUGUGGCAGUCGUCCAUUUUGGGCUCGGACUGAAUCCGGAAUCUUUCGGGCCGUUCUAAAAGCUGAUCCAAGUUUUGAAGAACAGCCGUGGCCCACCCUUUCUUAUGAGGCAAAAGACUUUGUCAAACGUUUGUUAAAUAAGGAUCCACGGAAAAGAAUGACCGCUGCUCAAGCCUUGUGUCAUCCAUGGAUAAAAAACAGUAAUGAAGCUAAAGUCCCAUUGGAUAUACUAAUAUUCAAACUCAUGAAGGCUUAUAUGCGAUCGUCUGCGUUGAGGAAAGCUGCUUUGCGGGCUUUAUCCAAGACAUUGACUGUCGAUGAGCUUUUUUAUUUGAGGGAGCAGUUUGCUCUGCUGGAGCCUAACAACAAUGGCACCAUAAGUUUGGAAAAUGUUAAAAUGGCAUUAAUGAAGAAUGCAACAGAUGCCAUGAAAGAGUCGCGUAUCCAUGAUUUUCUUCCAUCGCUCAAUGCACUACAGUAUAGGAGGAUGGAUUUUGAGGAAUUCUGCGCAGCUGCAUUGAGUGUGAAUCAACUUGAGGCUCUUGAUCGUUGGGAACAACAUGCACGAUGUGCCUAUGAAAUCUUCGAAAAGGAGGGGAAUAGGGCAAUCAUCAUUGAAGAGUUAGCUUCGGAACUUGGACUUGGCCCUUCUGUUCCAUUGCAUGCCGUUCUCCAUGACUGGAUCAGGCACACUGAUGGAAAGCUGAGCUUCCUUGGGUUCGUAAAAUUGCUACGUGGUGUGUCGAGUCGAAUACCUCCAAAAGUUCAAUGACACUAAAUAUGGUGGGCUUAUUCACAGUAUAUCAGCAGAUAGAGAGAUAUAGAGUGUGACAUUCAGAAGUUAUCAAACAUUUAUCUGGAGCAGGGGGCACUCACGAGUCACCACCAAGAUGAUGAAAAUGGUCGAGGGUGUAAGUAGACGGUUCUCCACACCAUUAUUCCACUGGAACAAUAAGAGAAGAAUAUGAAGUUGCCGUGGUCGCUUUACCUGGUUUAAUUUGUGUGCUAGUAUUCCUUGGCUGGUUAUUGUUCUAACAAAAAGUUAUCUAUUUGGAGUACCCUUUCUUCAUCAAUUGUUUGUCUCAUUGUAAUCUUAUCUUCCUAGUGCUUUUGUGUUGGUUCUCAUUUCUCAACCUCCCCAUACAAUGUGAGUCUGUACUCGAUUGUCUCAUCUGCUUGCAAAAACAAACAUGGGUAAUGUAACCUUUUGGAACAAGUGAUGUGAGAUGGUUGUAUA